UAUUUUUUCUUUACCUUCUAUAAGAUCAAACCCUACCGCCUCCAUUAUUCUCUCUGCUGUAGGGAGUUUACAAAACCUAUUACUGAGGUUUGAAACUGCACACUCGCCGGCAGCCAUGGUGAAAUACUCAAGAGAGCCCGAUAAUAUCACCAAGUCCUGCAAGGCAAGAGGAUCCGACCUCAGAGUUCACUUCAAGAACACCAGGGAAACAGCGUUUGCCAUCAGAAAGUUGCCUUUGAUCAAGGCUAAGAGAUAUUUGGAAGAUGUUCUAGUCCACAAACAAGCCAUUCCCUUCCGAAGGUUCUGUCGUGGUGUUGGGCGUACUGCACAGGCUAAAAACAGGCAUUCCAAUGGGCAAGGUCGUUGGCCAGUCAAGUCAGCCAAGUUCAUACUUGAUUUGCUUAAGAAUGCUGAGAGCAAUGCAGAGGUCAAGGGUUUAGAUGUCGAUGCACUCUUUGUAUCUCACAUCCAGGUCAACCAAGCACAGAAGCAAAGACGCCGUACUUACCGUGCUCAUGGAAGGAUCAACCCCUAUAUGUCAUCCCCUUGCCAUAUUGAGUUGACUUUAUCUGAGAAAGAAGAAGCUGUCAAGAAAGAGGCCGAGACCCAGUUGGCAACAAACAAAUCAAAGAAAACCCAACUUCGCAGUGGUGCUUCUUCUUAAGAGUUCCAUUCAUUUAGUUCUACUUUGGAGGGUCAUCAGAUUUUUCGUUUCUUUCUCCUGUGGAAUUUUGUUGCUUUAAAAAUAUAACAAUUAAAUGUUAUCUAGAUAAUUUUCAGACAUCGUGUGUUCGUCCAAGUUCUGGUUAGCUCAAUGUCAUUGAGAAUUUUGGAUUGGUAUUUAUUUGGUGGAUAGAUUUACCCAAGUCUUUUAUGGCUUUUUUGACCA